UCUUCACAUCCGUUCACAGGAUCGCCAGAGAAGAGCCGAGCGGAGAGGAUGUCUGCUAGCACUCCUACAUCAGGCCCGCCCUCUAAAAAGAGCCGGGGCAAACAGGAGUCGGAGUCUCUGCAGGCCGCCAACGAGGAGCUGAAGGCCAAGCUAAGCGACUUGCAGAAUGAGCUGCUGCAGGAAAGAACGAAGGUGUGUAAGCUGCGUGAGCGUCUGCAGGAGCUGCGGGCGCAGCGGGAGGCCGAGCAGCACAGGCACGCAGUGGCGCAGACCGAACUGCGUGUGAAGCUGCGCGAGGAGAAGCAGCGUGAGGUCACGGCGGUCAGAGACUCUCUGAGCCGGCAGCACGAGACUGAGCUAGCCCGCGCCGCCCGGCUGCGCCACUCCGAGCUCGGGCGUCUGCAGGGGCUGGUGAACGUCCUGCGUAACGGCAACGGCGCCGCCGAACUGAGGGAGGAGGCGCGCGAGGAGGCACGGAGGAACCACGAGGCCGAGAGACUCAAACUGACCCAGGAGCUGCAGGAGGCCAAAGGCGCGCGCAGACAGGCGGAGGAGGCGCUGGCACACGCCGUGCAGGCUGAUAAAGCUAAAGCGGCCGAUCUCAGACUCGCUCAUCAGGCUCAUCAGGAGGAGAUCCAGAGGAUCAAACGGGAGAGUGAGAAGGAUGUGCGCCGACUGAUGGAGGAACUGAGGGGAAGAGACCGUGUCAUUCAGACUCUGGAGAAGGAACUGGGUAUACAGGCGGGUCAGACCCGACGUCUACUCCUGCAGAAAGAAGAGGCCGAGCGGCACCAGGGCAGCCCCAAGAGGGAGGUGGUUCCUGCUCUCGGGGAGAACCACGACUCCAUGAUCAACCAGGACGUUGAUGAGAGGGACACUCGCAGGUUCCAGCUGAAGAUCGCUGAGCUGCAGGCCGUCAUCCGGAAACUGGAGGAUAGAAACACACUGCUGUCAGAUGAGAGGACUGAACUGCUGAAACGUGUGCGGGAGACGGACGGACAGAUGAAGCCGCUGUUAGAGAAGAACCGACGGAUGAGCAGAAAGAACGACGAGCUUCUGCAGACCCUCCAGCGCAUGGAGGACAAACUGAAGACCCUCAGCCGCGAGAACGCAGAACUAAAGGAGAAAGCAAACUCGGAAUCCCAGCAUGCAGUGCUGAAGAGGACCAGCUCGCUGACUGAUCUGAGCUACGCCCACGAGCAGCAGGAGGUAGAGUUCCUGCGCCUGCAGGUCAAUGAGCAGCGCGGCGUCAUAGAGGAGCUAACACAGGAGCGAGACCGGCUGAUGGUUAACAAGAAGAUCAAGAGGAAAAAUAUCAAACUGCCAAAGAGGCAUGUUGUGGAGACAUAUUUUGGAUUUGACGAGGAGUCCGUCGAUUCAGAAACGUCCUCCCUGACAUCAUACAACACAGACCAAACCCCGGCCACCCCAGAGGAGGAGCUCGAGGAUGUCUUCUCUCGAGAGGAGGCAGAGCUCCGUUUCCGCCAGCUGACACGAGAGUACCAGGCCCUGCAGCGGGCCUACGCCCUUCUCCAGGAGACGACCGGCCCUCUGGACCCCGAGAGACACUGCAGGACGCGGGAGCAGCUGCAGGCGGAGCUGAGCGCCUGCCAGGCGAGGAACGCUGACUUGGAGAGAAGCCUGGCAGAGAAGGGGCAGGACUCAAAGUGGGUGGAGGAGAAGCAGAAUCUUGUCAGGGUCAAUCAUGAACUUAGAGAAAAGAUAGAGUUCCUGGAGCAGGCUGAGCUGCGUUUACGCUGUGAGGUUCGUGACACACAGGACCAGAACGAGCUGCUGGAGUUUCGCAUCCUAGAACUGGAAGAGAGGGAGCGGCGCUCACCUGCCUUUAACCUGCAAAUCUCUGCCAUGGACAAUAACAGCAGCCUGCAGCUACACUGCCAGCGCGAGGGCAUCAAGGACGUCAUUAUUCCUGAGCUCAUGAAGAAGCUGGACAUACUGGGAGACAACGGGAAUCUGAGGAAUGAGGAGCAGGUCACGGUGAUCCAGGCGAGCACUGUAUUGUCUCGAUGUGAAAAGGUAUCGUGGUUGAAGCAGAUCGACAGCACUGAGGCGGCUCUUACGCAGAAGAUGAUCGAUCUGGAAAAUGAGAAGGAGCUGUUUAGUAAACAGAAAGGCUUUCUGGAGGAAGAGCUGGACUACAGGAAGCAAGCCUUGGACCACGCCCACCUGAGGGUCCAGGAGCUGGAGGCCACGUUAUAUGCCCUGCUGCAACAGGACCCGGACGGCCGACUGGGUGAGAGUUUGAGCGACAGACAGAGGGCAGAUUUGGAGAAGUCCAUGGAGGCGGUGAGAAGACAGAUCCUCAGACAGAGCCGACACGCUGAUACAAUGAUCUUACAGCAGCGCAUGGAGCUGCUCCAGGCUGCACAACAGAGGAUCAGAGAUCUGGAGGACAAGAUCGACAUGCAGAGACGACAAAUCAAAGAGAUUGAAGAGAAGCUUUUAUUCUCUGGCCUUAAAACACACACACACACACACACACACACACACACACAAACACACACACACACAAACACACACACACACACACACACACACACACACAGGUGUAUACAGGUGCAGAAUCUGAAUGGAAACGUGGACUCAUCCUGCCACUACAGAUCUGAGGUCACACACGCGUUCCUCAGUCAUGAUUUUAUUCUCUUUUUGAUAUUUUUAUGCACUUCUAAUGACGAGUAUCAACACCACACAUCCAGGUAAACAAGCUGCUCCGCUCGGUCUCUCUCGAUUAAAUAUAUAAGUCAAAGAAUUUUAACAUGGAUAUUUGUUAUAAUGACUAUUUAAACACAUCUACACGUGUCUAAAGCUGAUUUUAAUUUCAAUAAAGUUGUAUUUUUCA